AUUAAAAAUUGCAAAAAAGUUAACAGAGGGUUAACAGAGGACCGUCGCUAAUUUAACAUCGUUGCUACCUUUACGGACGUGUUUGUUCAUUCAUUCAUUUUUGUUUUCGUUUUGUAACUUAAAAUGCGCCUAUUGAUACUCUACGCGAGCCAGACCGGCACCGCUCAAGAUGUGGCAGAACAAAUCUGGAGGGAGUCUCGACAAUGGGGCUUUGCUGGACCAGUGGUCUCCAUCGAGGAUUACGACAUCCAACAACUUGUCGGAGAGCACCUUGUGGUAUUUGUUGUAGCCACUACUGGUGAUGGCGUUGAGCCGGAUACUAUGAAACAGGCUUGGCGGUUUCUGUUAAAGCGUAGUUUGCCCAAGACUUCAUUAAUGCACAUGCAAUACGCUUGCCUUGGAUUGGGUGACUCCAGUUACACCAAAUUCAAUUUUGCAGCCAAGAAAUUGGAUAAACGUCUACAAAAUCUGGGAGCAGUACCUGUGUGCCCUUUAGGCUUAUGUGACGAUCAGCACGAUUAUGGUUAUUUGGGGGCCUCUUUGCCCUGGAUAGAGGGUUUAUGGAUAUCUUUGAAAUCCACUCUGGGCCUUGGUAAAAGAAAUCAAUCGCUAGCUGUUAACAAGUAUUUGUUAGAGAGAGAUUCUUCACCGCAAGUGCAGCUGCAAGAUCACGAGAAUAAACUGUUGUGGAACCAAAAGCAUGUGUCUCACAAUUUUGUCCUAGAGGAAAAUUCUCGAACAACACCCGAAAAUCAUUUCCAAGAUGUGCGCCUGUUGAGACUCGUGAAUGAAUCCCCGGAUCAGAUACUUACCUGGCAGCCUGGCGACAUAGUGGAACUUCAACCCCACAAUAGUAUGGAAAAUGUAGAAAAGUUCUUCGAAAUCCUUAGCGAAUAUAAUCUUGGAUUCGGCCCAGCCACUGUGGUACGAGUGACCCAAUCUCAUUCGGAUUUGGUCUUACCACAGGCUUAUGCUUCAUCCAUUUCGUUGAGAAAUGCCGCCAAAUAUGUUUGGGAUUUGUGUGCAAGACCUAGACAAAGAUUUUUUGAGGUGCUGGCUCAAAACUGCACCGAUGAAAUGGAGCAAACGAAACUGCUGGAGUUUAGUACAGCUGUAGGUCUAGAAGAUCUUAUUAGCUAUGUGAAUCGCCCACGUCGGUGGAUAUUGGAAGUCUUGCAAGACUUUCCCAAUGCUACCGCGCGUCUUACUCUGGAACAGCUAUUCGAAAUGAUGCCCUUAAUACAGACACGUAGCUUUUCCAUAGCCUCGGACUCAUCAACAAGAAGUCUAGAUCUACUGGUGGCUGUAGUUCAAUAUAAGACCAUAUUACAGUCUCCCCGCCUUGGUCUAUGCUCUAAUUGGAUGAAAAACUUACCUAGUGGUAUCAUCAUUAAGGGAGCCAUUAAACCAGCCACAAUGACAUGGCCCAAAGAUUUAACUACACCAAUGAUUUUGGUUGCUACUGGCACUGGUAUAGCUCCAUUGCGGUGUCUGUUGCAACAACGUGCUCAUGCCAAGAUCGCCGAGGGUUGUGAAAUUGGCCCACUGGUUGUGUUUUUUGGCUGUCGCAAUAAAACGUCCGAUUUUCAUUUCGAAGAUGAUUUCAAUAAGUGGUUGGAAGUUGGACUCAUAGAGAGUCAUUUUGCCUUUUCACGAGAUGGUGCAGAUAAAGUCUAUGUGCAGCAUUUAAUUAAGCAACAGAAAGAACAUAUAAGCGACCUAAUUAAGAAACAAAAUGCCUCGGUCUAUGUCGUGGGCAGUUCGAACAGCAUGCCCAAAUCUGUAAAGGAGGCAUUUAUUGAGUCACUGGAUGGGGACUCGGACUAUAUAGACGAGAUGAUAAAGAGGCGUCGAUAUCAAGAGGAAACUUGGUCAUAAACUAAAGAAAAAAUUGUACAAAGUCUACUAUGUGAUCCUAUUUGUAUAAAUAUAUAUAAAUAUAUUUAACUAAAAAAUGUACUUUAAGGCGUGCUUCAUCAAAAGUCUUCCAUAAGUUUCUCUGAGGCUGUACGACAAAAGGGACAAUGUCCCUUCUGCAGAACCUGCAGUUCAAAAUCCUCAGCAUAGAAUAGCUAAAAAGAUCGAAUGUAAAAACAAAGAUCAGGGUCAUUGGAAAAACUAAUAAAAGUCGUUGCUUCAAAAACUUA